AUGACGAGUGCAUCAAGCUCCGGAGAAACCUCGCAAAGCCCAGAAUCCUGUGGCUCAACUGAGGUCACUACUCCCGAGGGAUUCAAAGCCGAAACUACUAGCCUUGCCCAAAGACAUACGAGAUGGCGUCCAUCUUUUCAUAUUAUGCCUCAAACGGGAUGGAUGAAUGAUCCAUGCGCACCUGGAUACGACCCCUCUACCGGGUUGUAUCACGUCUCCUUUCAGUGGAACCCUAAUGGCCCUGACUGGGGUGAUAUUGCUUGGGGAACUGCGACUUCCAGUGAUAUGAUUUCAUGGGACAUUCAAGAACAUCCCAUCUUGUCACCAGACAAUAGAUAUGACUCCAAAGGUGUCUUCACAGGGUGCUUUGUCAAAGCAGCAGAUGGAACUCUCAACUACAUCUAUACCUCUGUCAGCUCCCUCCCAAUCCACCACACCAUCCCGCAUCAAACUGGCUGUGAGACAUUAAGCAUCGCAACAUCUUCGGACCAUGGAAAGACUUGGCAUAAAAGUGAUAGGAACCCAAUUCUUCCGGGUGAACCGUCCGAUCUCGAUGUCACUGGCUGGAGAGAUCCAUUCUGUGCUCCUUGGCCCAACAUGAGCAAGGUUCUGGGGUUAGACUCAACGGAUACCUUAUUCGGUAUUAUUUCCGGAGGCAUCAGGGAUAUUACACCUACAAGUUUUCUCUACAAGAUUAGCGUGAACAACCUGAGUGACUGGGAGUAUCUCGGCCCCCUUGCAAAUUUUGGUCUGAAUCUCAGGCCGUCACGGUGGUCUGGUGAUUUAGGAAGGAAUUGGGAGGUGACGAACUUCCUGUCACUGUCCGAAGAGAAUGAUCCCCAUUCGAUCUUCGACUUUCUGAUCAUGGGUACUGAAGGCUGUCUCGAGGGUGGUCCUGAAGGAUCUCCGGGCAGUGCAUGUCCAUCGCGUCCAAGCCGUGGCCAGCUUUGGAUGUCUGGCAAUCUUCAGAAAGAUGAAGCUACUGGUCUUGCAGAUAUUUCGUAUGGCUUCGGAGGUCAUCUCGACCAUGGUUGUCUCUAUGCGGCCAACUCUUUCUUUGAUCCACGAAUUCAGCAAUACGUUGUCUGGGGGGGGAUCACAGAAGAAGACCUGUGUGAUGAUCUUCGCCAUCAGCAAGGAUGGAGCGGGUCGCUUUCAAUGCCCCGACAGCUUCAUCUACAGACUCUUCACAAUGUAGUUGGCGCAUUGGUCUCUGAUUUGCCCUGCAUCACCUCACUCAAGCUCGAACCAGAGGCCGAUGGAGCUUUCACUAUCCACACUCUGGCCAGUGAGCCAUAUAAGCCUUUGGUUCAGUAUCUUCGAACAUCUUCAGAGGCGCGUUCUUCACAUUUGCGGGCAUCGUGUCUGGAUAAUGAUUCUGCCGAGGUUGGCUUCUCUCUAGAAAGCCUGAACAGUAAGCACUGGGAGCUUGAGUGCUCUUUUAAGAUCUCGAAAACUUGCUCUCGGGUUGGUAUAUCCAUUGGCCAUUCAAGAGACUUUCAAAAUGCAACGACAAUGGUAUUCAAGCCGCAAGAUGAAACUUUCACGAUUUCCCGGCCAUCCUUUCCCCGUCCCGAUUCGGCUUUAUUGAUCAAUAGCUUCCCUGAAAUAGCGCCACACACCUUGUUCACAGGGACGAGCCCCAACAACGGAGAAGAAUGGACGGAAAGCUUGGAUAUUCGCGCAUGGAGAGAUAAUUCUGUCCUGGAGGUAUUUGUCAAUGGUCGGACUGCGAUCUCCACUCGUCUUUACGCGGCCGAGGAAACAUUUGGUAUGCGGUUCUUUGCCGAGGAUGAUACAUCGAACCCUGGAGUGCUGCUGCGGACGAGCCACGUUGGUCCAACAGAGUUGAAAUUUGCAAAUUUGUGGCAAGGAAUUACGAUUUAG